AUGGCUAGUUCACAACCAAUCGCAAGCAUCACCACAUGGAAUGACCUAGCCCAGAAAUUCUACACUAAAUUCUUUCCACCUGCUAAGAUUGCAAAGCUCAAGCACGACAUCUCUGUUUUUCACCAAGGCGACUCGGAGAAUUUUGAUGAAGCCUGGAAUCGGUUCAAGAAUAUGCUGCGAAAGUAUCCACACCAUGGGAUUAGCAAUGGACUUCAGGUCCAAUACUUCUAUGCAGGAUUACUUCCAGCCUUUGAAAGCAUGGUUGACUCAUCAUCAAACAGAUCACUGUCCACAAAGACAAUUGAUGAGGCACUGAAACUCUUUGAGACUGUGGCUCCCACUUCAGCUGUAGAGAACAUGACACAAUCAACCACCGUAGCACAGUCAAAGAAGGCCAGUUGUGAAGGAUGUGGAGCUAAACAUGUAACAACAGAAUGUCCAAUCUUGGUUCAAUAUCAGCAGCCAGAGAAAAAGCCUCAAUUAGAAGAGAUGUUUAGUAAAUUCAUAGAGAAGACUAAUCAGCAUAUGGAAGCUAACAAUCAAUUCAUGAGGAAAACCGAAGCCACUCUUCAAGACCAGAAUGCAGUAAUAAAAAAUUUAAAGACUCAAAUGGGACAGAUGGUAGUUGCUUUGACUGGCAGAGCACCAAACAGUCUACCCAGUUACACGAAAAUAAAAUUAAAAGAGCAUGCUAAGAUAGAGAAAUCUACCCUAGCCGAACAAUUGGGCAAAACACAGAGUAAAGAAACCGUUAACCCUCACGAGCCACCCAUACCUUUUCCACUGAGGCUAAAAUACUCGAAGUUGGAGCAACAGUACAAGAAAUUUCUUGAAGUUUUUAAGAAACUCCACAUCAACAUCCCACUUGCCGAAGCACUAUUCCAGAUGCCUAGCUACACAAAGUUUCUGAAGGACAUACUAUCAAACAAACGCAAGCUAGGGGAUCAUGAAACAAUAAUGAAACUUAGCUUGGGAAAGGCUAAGGCGACUACUGUAAUGCUGCAGUUGGCUGACAGGUCAUUAACACAUCCAAGGGGAAUAAUUGAAGAUGUGCUUGUCAAGGUGGAAAAAUUUAUAUUCCCUACGAAUUUCCUAACUUUGGACAUGAAAAAAGACAAGGAUAUUCCAUUGAUACUUGGCAGACCAUUUUUGGCAAUAGAAGAGCCUUAA